GUUUUCUUGUAGCUGUACAAUUAAUGGUUUUGUGUAUGGCAUCGGUACUGGAACUUCUCUAGCUGCUGCAAAACAAGCCGCUGCAAAACAAGCAUAUGAGAAGCUAAAUAAGGAAGGCGCUCUAACAAUGGGAAGUGAAAAAUCUAACGGCAGUUCUACAUUUAGUGAACAUAGUAAUUCCUCUCAAAUGCCAACUCUGUCUGACUUGGGUAACAGCACUAAUUGCUUUCAAGUCUCAUCUGCAAAGCUGGUAGAAAAAAUGAAAGACAUGGCAGUGUGUAAAAAGCCUUCACCUUCUCAGAGACACGCACAAAGUUCUGCCCUGAAAUCCAGAAGAAAAUUGGCAGCUAAUUUUCAUAAUGCAAGAAACAAAGAAGAGAAAACGAUGUCAGAUUCAGAUGAAAGUUUGCCAGAUUUGGACACAAAUACCAGUGAGGAGAAUGAAAAUCCAUACACUGUGAAUAAAAGAUUUCUUGAGAGUUUUAAAAAUAUCGAGCCUAUUGGUGAAGGUGGUUAUGGGAAUGUUUUCAAAGCAACAGCAAAGCUUGAUGAGGGAACCUAUGCAGUCAAACGAGUUCAAUUCACAAAGAAUGUAAAGCGUGAAGUAAAAGAACUUGCAAGACUUCACCAUGAAAACAUAGUGCGGUAUUAUUGUAGCUGGAAGGGGUACGACCAUGUAACUUAUCCAGACUCAAGGCAGAAGUCAGACAAAGAAAUUCUUUGUCUUUUCAUCCAAAUGGAAUUAUGUGAACAAGGGCCUUUGGAAAACUGGAUUGAAAAGAAUAGACAAGACCGGAAGUAUCAUGAGAUGGCACAAAACAAAUUUUUACAAAUACUGGAAGGAGUGAAAUAUAUUCAUUCUCAAGGGUUAAUUCAUCGGGACCUCAAGCCUCAGAAUAUCUUCAUAUCACAUGAAGAUAAAAUAAAAAUAGGCGACUUAGGUCUUGUGACUUCUGUGGCAUAUGGGACUCUGAGUGAGAACAGAGGAACAAAAUCGUAUAUGGCACCAGAACAGUUCGGGGACAGAUAUGGAAAGGAAGUGGAUAUUUAUGCACUGGGAUUAAUUUGGUUUGAAAUUCUUUCGGCACUCAGUUGUCAUGAGAAAAUUACGGUAUGGCAUGAUGUUAGAGAAGGUAAACUUCCAAAGAGCUUCACUGACCAAUUUCUAACAGAGGCACCCAUAAUAAAAAAGAUGCUUUCAAGAGACUCUUCAGGAAGAUAUUCUGCAUCUGAAAUACUUGAGUUUUUUAAGUCUGUUGAUAAAAACAACUCACUUAGAACUCAUAGUCAGUAA